AUGCUUAAGGUAUGGCAGGCGCCAAUCCGGUUUUACCUUGCCUUCAUUCCUCUCUUUCCUAAUAAAUCUUAAAACCCUAAUACUGUCGGCAAACUUCUGUGUGCUUUGGCAUCCCUUGAUUCUGUGGGGGCUUAAUUCCUUACCAUGGAUGACGACACCGACCUCCAUGAUUGGGAGAUGGUCCCAGAAUCGAACCCCUUCGACAACCUUAAAUCCGUCGAAGGCCUCGACGAGGACACGGAAGAUGGGGCCAUCAAACCCGACUACUUUGCCCUUCAAUCUAGUGGCCGCCGCCAAAGUCCGUCGGAGGAGGAAAGCGAUGCGAUUGCUAACGAUUCCGAUAACCCUAGCUGGGUCGACCCGGAUUCGGACUCCAGGUUCCUCGAAACAUCCAGAGGGAAGUUGGGUUUUGUUGAAAUGAAGCAUCCAGUACGAACUUCCGACGGUUUUUGGUCAGAUGAGUCUUCCGAUGGACAGAGGUCCUUGCCUGAUAGUGAAAAGGGGGAGCUUGGGAAUUUAGGGGAUUCGGUUAUGGAAGUGGCUUUUGAAGAAACAGAUGCUGGGCGUGAGAAUGUGGGAGGAGAAAAUGGGGGAAAUGAGAAUUCUGGUGCACGUGCGAUGAUACCUGUCGGUGAUGGUGCUGAUUCUAGCGGGGAUGAGAAGAGUGAGAUUGUUUGGUGGAAGAUGCCUUUGGAGUUGCUCAAGUUUUGCAUUUUCAGGGUAAGGCCAGCUUGGUCGAUAUCCAUAGCUGCUGCUAUGGUGGGGAUUGUCAUAUUGGGGAGGAAAUUGUACAGGAUGAAGCAGAAGAGCAGGACCAUUCCACUGAGGAUUGCUAUUGAUGACAAGAAGGAUUCCCAGUUUGUGACUCGCUCCGCCCGUCUCAAAGCGAUCUCAUUGGUUCGUUACAUGCCACUUAUUCGGCCUUCUCUUCCUGCUAGCGGUGCAACACAAUGGGCUGCUCUGCCCCUAAGAUAAGUUCAAGAGCUGUUGAGAUGGGGAAAUAUACCUUAACUUUUACAAAAAUACAUAAUAUUUAACAUUCUGUAUCUAUGUUUUAUAGCUUGUGAUGAUUCUUCUGCUUGAUCCAUCGUUCUUUGUGAUUAUUACUUAAAUAUAUUGCUUCGCUUUAAUUUUACAUCAGAGUUAUUCUG